AUGAAGUAAAUGAUCACGGAACGAAGCUUCUUCAGGAGCACUAUCAAAGAAGCCACAAUACAGCCCAUAAGAAUCUUUAAAGGAAAUAAAACCAAUUGCAUUGCUCGAAUGCUUACUUUGCACCAAAAGUUGAUUCAAUAUAUAAAUCAAGCCAUUCAAUGUGUUGCCCAGUGAUUUGCUUUUAGUACAUUUUAGCAAUCCCUCUAGCUUGUCUAAGCUGUUUCUUGCUUUACAUGUUUGGAGCGAGCUGCGAAGGUGUUUUCCUACACAUGACUCAGAUCUUGCUUUGCUUCGUAUUGCAGAGAACGAAAAGCUAUAUUCUUGUCUUUCUCUUCAAUAUCUACUUCCUUCUCUGGGUUACUCCUGUUAAUUUCCAUAUCCUCCAUGUUUAUAAAUAUGCAAUUCCUUUGUAAUUGAACCACAGGAGGACUGGGACGUUUGUUCCCAGUACUCCUCCGUUCAGUGUAGUUAGAAAAUCCAAAAUUGCGGACAAAGACGACAACAAAGACGACUCGUUGCAAGAAUUCCUAGAAUUUGCUGAUCUACAGCAAUUCCAAGAGGGACUAUACAGAGAAGGGAUUAUAAAAUUAGAUCAUCUUCAAGAUGUUGAUGAAUGUGACCUGAAUGAAAUAGGUAAAUAUAUCUUUUCGUAGUUUGAACUUUGAAGUACUUUGAAGUUUUAUAAAGCUGAGGUUUGAACGUGCUGGCAUAGUGUAAUUUUGCAUUGUCACCUCACUCAUGUUUAUAUUCUAAUAUUUUCCUCUUUAUAGGUAUGUCCAAAGUUGAAGUGAAACGAUUUUUUAGAAAGACAAAAGAAUACUUGACACCAAAACCACAGAGAGGUGAUCCAAAUAAGGAAAAAGGUAGCACAACAACAAUUCCCUCUACAAGUUGUCAGACAUUAUGUGUUGGGGGUAUUGAAUUUCAAAGACCAAGUAGUAAAAAUAUACAACUUUGGGCGCAGACCAAAUAUGGCUGGAUACCAAACCCAAAAACGGAAAGAGCAAAGUUCAUGAAUGCAGUGCUGCCCAAUUUCUACAAGGCAUGUUAUAGCAAGUGUAAGAAUACUCGUGAAUUUGUGAAGCUAUUUCACAGCGAGGGAAGACGGCAAUAUGAAAGCCAUCAACGUGUUUCAAAGUUGUCCUCAACUGUUGAUGCCAUAUUGAGCAACAUGAAUCCUGCCGCAGCGGGGAAGUUUUUCAAUGAGCAAUAUGUUUACAUACCAUCAGACCAAUUGAUAUUAAGAGAGAAUAUAAAAAUGCUUGUUAAAGUACGAGAACAAGUUGAGAAGGAAGAGCAAGAUAUCAAAGGUCACCUGAGCAGCCUGUAUAACAAGUCAGGAAAGCUUAAAGAUGGAAAAGGAAGCCAAAAAGAUUUGAUGAGGAAAAAAUCACAAUUCUGACGGUGCUCAGGGGAAACAUUAUCAUUAACAUUCAACAUUUACAGAAUGAAGAAAGCAAAUGCAGGAAUAUGUUUCAAGGACACAUUCUGAAGUUUAAAUCAACAAAGCGUUCAAAAAAGGAAAAUAAGAGAAAGGCACACAAGAGAAAAGCCAGACGAGAAGAAGAAAAUUUUGAUGCAAUCUCCAAACUACUGUCUAUAAAUGGUGAGACUCCAAUUCAAGAAGUCAAUGGCAAUGCUCUUAUGUCAUUGAAAGGAAACCAAAUUUACUGGCUAAAGCAAAUGAUGGACAGAAAGCUAAUAAGUGAUAAAGCUUGCGGAGUUGUCAAAGAGUAUUUGCCCUUAAUCUGUGAAAGCAGCAGCAGCAGCAGCACCAAUACUUCCACCAGUGAAACAGAGAACACUGACACAGA